GCAUAUUGACAAGGCAUAAAUCGCUCGCUUUUCUAUAUGAUUAACUCCAACCAAAUUCAUUUUUAUUAUCAUUAAUUAAUAAUAAUUUUUCUUAUUAGAUAGUAAAUAAAUUGCAUUUUGUUAUCUAAAAUCCAACAACAUAAAUAGACCAAACAACGACAGAAGAGAAAGGAUUGUAACAUAGAGUUCAGUGUUCAGACAUAUUUCUUAAAAACAUAAAAAUUGUAAUAGUUCAAAGCUUAUCUCAAUUUGUAAUUAGUUAUCGAAAUACAGGUAUUUUGUUUUGAAGUUUAUUUCGUCUAAAUAAGAAGGAAAAUUCAAAAUUUUUGCUUAAAAAUAUAAUUUUAUUCAAUUAGGUAUUGUCCGUUUUUGUCAAUGACCUUUUGUCAUCUUUCAGGCAGUGUUAUAAUUCCAUGUUCAUAAAACUUCUGACUUUUACCAGCAAAAAACUGUAUUAAAUGAUCACAGCGCAAGAUCACAGCUAUAUGGUGGAUGUGACAACACAUUCCAACCUAUUUCCAAUAAUUUUUGGCGAGUGAUCAUGGCCCCAAAGAUGUGUGGGGCUUUGCAUUAUCAUGCUGGAAAACAACAUCCUUACGAUUUGCCAAUGCUGGCCGCUUUUCUUGAACUGCAUCGCUCAGCUUGGCGUAUUGUUGAAUGUACACGUUUGAAUUAAUCGUUUGGUUUCUUGGUAAAAGUUCAAAGUACAGGAUUCCUUCAUAUUGACGAAAUCAUGGUAAAUGUCAACAUACGGGUCUCACUAACUUCAACUAAACAGCCAAAUCGUUGAAUAUUUUCCAGUGAAAAAACACGAGAAAGAGAUUUGGCAAACGAAUUUUGACGCCGCUUUUUUUUCGAGGCUUCAUUCCCAUAUACGGUGGAAGUCCAACAACAAGAAAACAAUAUAGCUUAGAUGCUUUGAACACGUUGACAAAACAAAAGAAUAUGCUAAGACCACCUAUUGACAAAAUCCGGAUUCACUUAGUUGCCAACCCAAUAGUAUAGUUAAUGGAUUAAUGACGUUAUUACUCAUACCGUAGAGAAAUAAGGUAGGGGAACAAAUCACGGACGUAAUGCGGAAAGAUGUAAGAAGAAAUUUAUUUCAUGUGAUACGAGCAAGUUGUAGAGUGAUAGCGGGGGUAAUAUGAUCUCAUGUUAUCGUUGGUGAGGGAUUUGACUUGGCAAUGGUAACCCUGGUCAGCGGUACUAUAUGGGUAACAAUAAUGCAGCCUGAAAUUCCCCAAGUUCUUAAACGGCUGCACAACACGAUCACGUCUUUGGUAACAGAAUACCAAACAAAUACCUGUUUUAUAAUUGAUGACAAAAACUAGGAGGAAUUUCUUUUCUUGUAACAUAAAAUAGGUACAUAUAUGUAUGUUGUGUGUUAUCAUACAUGCGUUAUGUGUACUAUGAUUCUAUGGAUUAAAUAAAAUCUACUAUACUACUGUAAAUUUUUCAUAAUAUGACAACCAUAUACAUUGUGUGUACGUAAUAUCAGAUUAAAGAUACGUAAUAUGCAUGAAGUUAAGAAGUAACCAACAAAAUUUUAAUAACUUUUAAUGUGAUAAUGACACAUCCUAUGAACAUGUUGGGUGUUGUCAAAAUAUACCAAAGGUUCUUAACAAGAUAUCCGUUACUCACUCAAGCGGUACAAGCGGGUACGUUAAUGGCACUUGGAGAUCAGAUUGCACAAAAUCUAGUUGAGCGAAGAAAAAUUAAAGAUUUAGAUUUUAUAAGAACAGCUCAGUUUGGAUGCAUAGGACUUUUCCUUACUGGUCCUGUCACACGAACUUGGUAUGGAAUAUUAGAUAAAUAUAUUGGCUCAAAGGGAGGAAUUGUAGUAUUAAAGAAGGUGUCUUGUGAUCAAUUAUUUUUUGCACCUGCAUUUUUAAUAGUUUUACUAUCAACAAUUGGUAUUCUACAAGGAAAUGACUUAGAACAAUUAAAAAAAAAAUUGUAUAAUGAGUACCCAGAUAUUUUAAAAAAUAAUUACAAGAUUUGGCCUAUGGUACAACUAUUUAACUUUUAUUUUGUACCUUUACAUCAUCAGGUUUUAGUAGUACAAUCUAUAGCUUUGUUAUGGAAUACUUAUAUCUCUUAUAGGACAAGUUCAGGAAAAUAAAAAUAAGAAUAUAAAAUAAGUAAAAAUUUAUAAACAUAUUUUUUUAAAUACAAAUGUUAAUACUAUUAAAUUUUGUUAAGUAUUGUUCACAAUAAAAUAAUAAAAUUCGACUUUUGGGAAGAACUACAUGAUAUUUAUCAUUAAAUAAACAAUAUAGUAUUGUAACAUAAAACAACAAUAGCACUAUAGACGAUGUAGAUCCCAAAAGUUUUUCAUUAUUUAAAAUAUUUACGAAAUUAAAAAAUUUCGUAAAUUUAAAAAAAAUGUGUUUUUUCCUAUAUUAUGAAGUACAUUUGACCUCGAAGAAAACGAUUGCUGUUUGUUUAUUUCCUAAAAUUGAUGUAUGUAGGACAUGUUUCAUUGUAAUUUAGUAGUUGUUAUUUAUGUUCAAGCAUAUCAACAUCAUAAUUUAUAUUGUAUGUUUAUGUUAAAAUUUGUCCUCUAAUUAAACUGCUAUUGCAAAGUAAACUGUUGCUUUUUACAAAAGUAUAUAUUUUUUUAAUGUACUGGGUAUAAUAUCAUUUUAUGGAAUGUUACCGUUUUUAGAAACCAUGAAAUCAUUGGACGUGAACACACAAUAUUUUAAAUGUUAAGUAUGUACAAGAAGAUCUGAAGUGCACUAAAAUAAAUGAAAAUUAAAUCUA